UGUGAAUAUAUUUCCAACAGUGAAGGAGCUGACAACAAGGAAAAUAAGAUAAAAAAUUCUCGUUGAAACGAACCGCUUUUUUAACAUGUCUUCUUGGAGUUCACUUCCUAAAGAAUUACUUAUCUCAGUAUUUGCUUAUAUCACGAAUACAGAAACACAAAGAAGGAACAAUAAAACCAUUUAUAACUGUCAAUUCGUUUGUAAGGCAUGGUCUUCUUCAGCAACCACAGCUCUUUAUAGAAAAGUUUUUAUAAAUGCUAAUGCUAGACAGUUCAACGACCGUUUAUAUUCCAGUUUUCAACCUGGACGUUUUGUCAAAUGCAUUAGCUUCACCUCUGACUUCGAAGCAUACGAUCAAAAUGAAAUGAUUGACCUCUUUUCGUCCAUCAUCAAAAAAUGUCAAAGCGUUGAGAAAUUGUACAUUAGUAGAGAGUUGAAAUCAACAAUUUGGGAAAUUAUGAUCUCUGAAAACAUCGUCCUUGAUCGCUUAAAAGAUAUAACAGGUUUCGAUUGGGAUGAUGUUAUAGAUUUCGAUGAUUUCAAUUUGUAUGAGAAGGUGGUAUACAAGUCUCGAAAUACGUUAACGCGCAUGUAUUAUACUAAUUUGCAACACAUGGUUAACGGGGAACCAGUUGACAAUCUAAAAGAAUACGUAUCCUUGGAAACCCUGUGCAUCUGUAGAGGAAUAUAUUUCUCUGUAAAGCUCAUUUCUGAUAUGAUCAAUUCAUCUAGAACGUUGAAAAAUCUAGAACUUGGUCACUUUUUGGUAUAUGGCGAUGAAGACCAUGAAAAACUACAGCCAAAUACGACAGUAAGAAGGAUACAAUCCUUUUCUGAUAUACUAUUCACAAAGUCAAGCAUUGAUUUCUUCAACAGUUUUAAAGCUUUGCAAGAACUGAUUAUCCAUCGUGGAAACUUCACAACUGAUGUAGACGAAGAGUCCUGGAGAAGCCUAAUUUCUCUUUCUAUGACAGUACCAAAGUGUAGUAUGUCGCUGAAUAUUGAGUUGAACAAUCAUAUAUACCUGGAAAUAUGCGCCGAAGAAGCUUCGAAGAUGAAGCGCGAGAAGAAAAGGCUGUUUUUGUUACUGGAUGAGGAUUGUAUGGAAAAUUUGUUUAUAUCAUCUGACGAAAGAACAUUCAACUUGACGUUGGAAGUCGGUGAUUUCAAUGAUACAGAAGCAUUAUUAGCAUCAAUGUCUGCAUAUAACCCAACUGAAAUAGCCGUAGCUCACCAAAAGGCUGCUGUGGAGUUUGUUCACCUGAAGUACGAAUCAAAUUUUACCGACUUUCAACGACAAUGGAGCUGGCUAAUAUUAGACGGCAUUGUUGGAAAUAUUGAUCGCGGUGAAAACAGAACAAAGACAGCCAAAUUUACAGAAAUGGUUUUUCUGACAAAACCAGAUAACAGCAAUUUGAGAACUGAUAAACUGGACGAUUUGAUAUUCAGUGCUUCAAUUUUUCGUAGCGAUAUGCUCACGUGGAUAUCUCACAGAUUUCUUACGUUGAAGUCAUUAACAAUACAAGCUUGCCAUUUUUUGCCUUGUAAAAAUCAGAAGAAUACUUUAAAGUUGUCGUUUGCGAAAACGUCGGUGAAGCACUUGAUCUUGUAUCUGCGUCGCUCCCUGACGAACUUCUACAUCUCAUAUAAGACCUUUGAAAAAUACCCUACAUUUGAUUUUCAAGAAUAUGAAGAAAACACAUCAACAGACAACCAUCGCUUCGAUGAGCUUCCAUUGAUGAGGGCCCUUGCUCAAGAAAAGUAUCGUCUAACCAUUAAAACGAAUACAAAAACAUAUGACAGUUACCGAGACAGAAAUGGACAGAUUGAUUCCGAAAUCGGAUCACUACCUGAACACACAUACACUAUCGAUAUCGUUUGCGUGGACUUGGAGCGUUUGACGAUAUUGAAUGGUGUUGAGAAGUGUGUGCUUGACAUAACAAAAGAGGAGCUUUGAUUCUCGCACGAUUGUUGUUUGUCUAAAAAUUCGAUCCUCUUAAGUCAAAUGCUCGGGUUACAAAUAAUGAAAUAUUGUCCAAAUUUUAACAUGGCAUUCUAUGACCCAACCGAUAAUAUUGUCAUGAAUACUCAUUGAAAUAAACUGAAC